AUGUAUUCAACACGUUAUUUUGUGCUUGCAUGUUGUGAAAGCAGUCUCGCUUCACUUCCUCCUCGUGACCUUCCAGCAUACGUCAUGGCCGGCGUGAACUCCCUCUCCAACACCCAACUAGGGCGGCGGCGGCGGCGGCGGCGGCGGCGAAUAGACUACCAGGAGGCCGCUGAGUAUCGUGUUGUUGAGUCUGGUGGGGCCGCCCUC